AUGGCUGAAGAUAAUUCCCAGGUUUACCUGGCUGCUGAGGAAGCUGGCUGUGCCAAGGAAAGAGUGGGCAAGGGAGCAGCUUUGUGUCAUCUCUCAACUAUUAUCCGCAAGGGAGGGCUUUUGGGCAGGGCCCACACCAACCACAAGAAGGUAGCAGCAGAUGGAGAGAGCAGAGAGGAGACCUUGAUUCAGGAAUCGGCUACCAAGGAAGAGUACUACAUGAAGAAGGUUAUGGAAUUGCAGACAGAACUGAAGCAGCUCAGAAACGUCCUUGCCAACACCCAGUCUGAGAAUGAACGCCUUAAUUCUGUUGCGCAGGAGCUGAAAGAGGUGAAUCAGAAUGCGGAAAUGCAACGGGCCCGUCUGCGAGAUGAUAUUAAGGAAUACAAAUUCCGAGAAGCACGUUUGCUGCAAGACUACACGGAGCUCGAGGAGGAAAAUAUCUCUCUGCAGAAACAAGUGUCUGUCCUGAAGCAAAACCAGGUGGAGUUUGAAGGCCUGAAACAUGAAAUCAAAAGGCUGGAAGAGGAAACAGAAUUUCUCAACAGCCAGCUAGAAGAUGCCAUACGGCUGAAGGAGAUCUCUGAACGCCAGCUCGAGGAGGCCUUAGAGACACUGAAAACAGAGCGGGAGCAGAAGAACAAUCUUCGUAAGGAGCUCUCUCACUACAUGAACAUCAAUGACUCCAUGUACAACAGCCACUUGAACAUCUCUUUGGAUGGACUGAAGUUCAGUGACGAAGCCACAGAGCCAAACAAUGAUGAAGUCAUGAAUGGAUUUGAACAGAACUGCCUCAGCAAACUCAGCAAUGGCAAGAAUAGCGCAUCAACGCCCAAGAAGAAUGAAAGCUUCCCUCCAGCCCCAAGCCUGGUUUCAGAUCUUCUGAGUGAAUUAAACAUCUCUGAAAUCCAGAAGCUGAAACAACAGCUUGUACAGAUGGAAAGAGAAAAGGUGAACUUGUUAACAACGCUCCAGGAGUCUCAGAAGCAGCUGGAAAACACACGGGGGGCCCUCUCGGAGCAGCAUGAGAAAGUUGGGAGACUCACAGAAAACCUGAAUGCGAUGAAGAAGCUCCAGGUCAGCAAGGAACGUCAGUCUGCGCUUGACAAUGAGAAGGACCGAGACAGCCAUGAGGAUGGAGACUAUUAUGAAGUUGACAUCAAUGGGCCAGAGAUCCUGGAGUGCAAGUACAAAGUGGCUGUGGCAGAAAUUACUGACCUAAAAGAAGAGCUUAAAAAUCUUAAGGCCAAAUACAAAGAGUGUGAGUCUAAAUAUGAGGAAGAGAAGAGCAAGUAUGAGACAGAGAGCCAGGCUCUCACUGAAAAGAUCACCUCGCUAGAGAAAUCCAGUAGGCGUGAUAGAGAUCAGGUGGCCAGACUGGAGAAGGAGCUGAAGAAAGUCAGUGAUGUUGCUGGAGAAACACAGGGUAGCCUCAGUGUGGCCCAAGAUGAACUAGUCACCUUCAGUGAAGAACUGGCCAAUUUGUACCACCAUGUAUGCAUGUGCAACAAUGAAACUCCAAACAGAGUGAUGCUGGAUUACUACAAGGAAGGUAAAGGCGGACGCAGUAGUCCAGAGACGAAGGGAAGAAGGUCUCCCAUUCUGCUUUCUAAGGGGCUGUUAACAAUAGAGCUAGGAAAGGCAGAAAAUGGAAGUGGUGACAGCAGCCCAUCCCCAAUAUCAUCUCUGCCAUCUCCUGUGUCAGAUCCUCGGAAGGAACCAAUGAACAUUUACAACUUGAUCGCUAUAAUCCGAGAUCAGAUCAAACACCUGCAGGCUGCUGUGGACAGAACAACAGAGCUGUCCAGGCAGUGUGUUGCCACUCAAGAACUUGGGCCAGUGGUAGACAAAGACAAGGAAGCUCUCAUGGAAGAAAUCCUAAAGUUGAAGUCACUGCUGAGCACCAAGAGAGAACAGAUAGCAACUCUGAGAACUGUGUUGAAGGCCAACAAACAGACUGCAGAGGUGGCGCUUGCCAACUUAAAAAGCAAGUAUGAAAAUGAGAAAGCUAUGGUCACAGAGACGAUGAUGAAGCUGCGAAAUGAGCUGAAGGCUUUGAAAGAAGAUGCUGCUACCUUCUCUUCCCUGAGAGCAAUGUUUGCUACAAGAUGUGAUGAGUAUGUCACACAGCUGGAUGAAAUGCAGCGGCAGCUCGCAGCAGCUGAGGAUGAGAAGAAGACUCUCAACUCCUUGCUUCGGAUGGCUAUCCAGCAGAAACUGGCCCUGACCCAGCGCCUGGAGCAUUUGGAGCUGGACCACGAGCAGUCCAAAAGGGUGCGCACAAAAUCCGCUUCCAAAGCCAAGAGCAGUAACCCGACUCUGUAGAGUAGUCCCUGGAGAAGCCUUUCCAACAGUGCAACAGCAUUCCUUAGCCUCUUUCCUUGUGGUUAACAGUGGUAGCCCAUUGCACAAAGAGUGGAAACCACUGACCUGGUCCUAACUCUUGAAAACACCUUUUCCUGUGUACUACCUGAACCUUCCUUUUAUGUCUGAAGCUGUAAAACAAACGAGCUUUCCCUGUAAGUGCUGCUGCAGUAAGAAACCUUACAAGUGCUGAAGAAACCCAUGUAACGCUCACCAUUAGCGUGUGAUCGACUAGAAAUGCUCGGAUGGGGAACUCCUCACUUCAUUGCAGAUGCUCAGUUUUUAUCUGAUUGUUAAACCUGUGCACUUUUGAUAUUUUGGUAUUUUUCUUAAGCUUCUUUAGCUCCUUACGUAGAAGAGUUUAUAUAAAUGCAGUGGUUUGUGCUUAUAGUCUCCAGUUUGGGCUUGUGAUUGUUGAACUCUCCAUCAGUGUGUGGCAGAGAUUUGGGGGUCUCUAAUUGUGAUUAGAAAAGAGUUUCAACACAAAUCUGGAGCUCUGCUAAACUGUGUGCUGUGCUUCAGCAACUUUUUUUAUGAUUAUAAACUGUUGAGCUUUAUAUGUUUAAAUUACUGAUUUUGGUUUUUUUAACUGCCAUGUUCAUUAAGAAAUCCAGGGUAUUCAAAUUCUGGGGUUUUUUUCAUAUUGUAUUAUUAUUCUUAGGAAUAGUUCAAUGUAACAAGAAGAAAACUUGUCUUUGCUCUGGUUAAAACAGUAAUAGGCACUUGAAAAAUAUAAAAUAAGUAGUAUUACCUAUAAAUUCCAGAAUUCCUGGGUUUUAGGAAGUUGAAGUAUUAUUGAUUAACAGAAUUUUAUACAACUGUACCAGUGAAAUUCCAAAUUGGAAUUGUUUUGUUACUUUUUCAUUUUAUUGUGCCAAAUUGUGGUACAUUUAGAAAGAAAAAUUCUAAAGUUGUCGAUGAUUGAUAGGGUGUUCUGUAUCAGCGCCUUUCUGUCGUUAAUUAUUGCCAGUAGUGCCUUUAAUCAUUUUAAGGGAGACUCUUAGAAUAGCUCAGUCGAGGUCCUGUAAUGUAAGAGAACUGGAACGGCUGGUUUGGAAUUCAGUGAAGACCUGGAGCAAUAAGUGCAGAGCGAGCUCCCCUUUCGCACAUCUUGACUAGAGGUUAUAGACUCAAGGACUUGUAAAGAAUUCUGUUACUCAAUGAUAUUUCACCAUGCAAAUCCUUGCAAAUUCAGGGUUAUAAAGAAAAAGAAACAAACAACCACAAACAAACCUAAACAACCCCAAAUUCACUACGGGAACCGAGCGGACUCGUGGUGAACCAAUGCAUCGACGCAUUUGUGGUACCAGUACCGAGGGUGUAUAGGAAGACGGACGUUGCAUUAGCUUUGUGCGGUGGUGGAUGCAGUUAACCGUAGUGUUGUUGGCAAUUGUGACCAAUGAAACACGGAUAUAUCCUCUUGCAUGUUGUACCUAAUCCUUGUGAUUCCAGGAAACAGAAACAAAGAAGUGCAUCAACAAGCUGUGCUGUUGCUGCUGUUUGUUGAGGCUCACAUGAGAGAUUAAAUUGGUGCAUGUGGGGGGAGCAUUCCCACCCCUCAAAACCAGUACAAAUUGAAAUGAUGUUGCCGGUGGGGAGAAGAGUUCUGUUUGCUGGAAAGAAGCAUUGUUAUUCCUAGAUGUGGGGACUUAUAUUUCCAUCUUCUGUUACAGUAUUGAUUCAUAAGAACUAUUGUCGCAUUUAAACUUACUCCAUUUGUAUGUGGGUAUUUAUUUGAGCUGAUGUCAGAGUACUGUACUACGUUUUAUGUGCAUUACCUUCUAGCGGUGGGUUGGUUUUCAUUUACUGUCACCUGCAUGUAUUCCUGCCAAGUAACAUUUACACAGAUGGGACUAGGGGGGGAAUACAAGAUGUAGGAUCUGCUUACCAGUGUAACCCUGCGUGAUGGGAUAACCUAGGAGGCAUAGUGGGCAAUACAUCACAAGUUAAUAAAGUGUUUAAGGUAGGAAAGCAAUCUGCCUGCUUAAAGGUAAUCACAUUGGCAGUACCAAUAAAAGAGAAAAGGAA